AUGCUUUUAAAUUACUACUCGUCCCCGUCAGAAAAAUCUAAGGAUAUUUCAUCUAGCAUAAAUACAAAUUUAAAGAAAUCUGAGUUACCAAUUGCAGACGUUACGAUUCAUUAUGCCGAUAAUGCAACAGUGAAUUUUGGCAAAAACCAAAGUGUUUUUACGGAAACUCAAAAGUUAAACGACAGCAAAAUACCAAUUGGUUGUGUAUGUCAUAUUAUCCAUAAUGCUGCUAAAAAUGGAAAAAGAGCAUUAAGGUACGAUUCCGAACUGAUUAUCAUUAAAUGUUAUAAUGAGUUUUCAAGCAGCACGAAAAAAACCGAGGAGCUCAAAUAA